AUGAACCCCCUACCUUCAGAAAUCCUCAUCCACAUCCUUGACUACCUACCACCAUCCAGCCACAAAGAUGCACGCCUCGUAUGCCGCAGCUUCAACGGCAUCGUUUCCAGGUCGCAGUUCACCCUCCUAGCAUCCUUCCUCGACCCCGAGGUCUCCACCGCGACGUGCGAGCUCAUCGCCAGGGACCUCACCCGGAGGCCAUCGUCCAUCUGGUCCCCGCGAUGCUCCGUCCCCGCCAAGCUGCCCAUCCCAGAGAGCUUCAUCCUCGCCCUCCAUGUCGGGUUGACAGGGGGUCGUUCGUGGAUCGGCGUCGGGUCGGGCAAGAUGGUCGACGUGAACCCACACGGGUUGUCACGCAGGUUAAAUAGGCCGGACGUCACAGAGGACAACGUCCGGCAGGCGCUGUUCCGGUACGCACUCUACCUGAGCUACACGCAUCAUGAGAAGGAGGAUCAGUCCUCCUUCUCUUGGGUCCUGGACAUCAAAUUCUGGGCAUGA